AUGACCGGCCCAUUCCAUACCUACGGCCCAUCCUGUCUGUUGACGGAUGACGAGCCCGAGCUCAAAAGCCUGUAUUCGCUUUCUUCACCGCCAGAGAUUCGAUCUCAAUUUUUCUAUGUCUCAUCCCUACCAAUCGACGAUCCUUUGGCUCCGCUUCCCGCCGCUAGUGGGCAAGCAUGGGGAAAUGAAAGAGCUCCUCCGCAGCCAUUCUCAGCGAGAGAUAAUAUUGCCUUGGAGACGGCAUGGUCGGAUUUACGAGAAGCUCAGCAAAGGAAAUCCGGUUCCAGUGAAUCCCAUGCGGGGGUAUCGAAGGGACGUGCGGGGAUAGCUGUACCGGGCCAUGCAUCAAUUUUUGAGGAAAAUCGCCGUCAAAGGACGGCAGCUCGAGGAGACUCCAGCCUGGGCAGCAGCAGGGGCACCACGAGCAACUCGAUGUCGAUACCAGAUGAGGUUGCUCCACCAACUGGCAGCGGUGCUAGUCACCGAAAGCGGAUGUUCUCUUCGUCCAUGAAUGAUUCAAGUAGAGCUAAGAGAGAGAGCUUUUCCCCGCCCGGUGAGGAUUCGGAGCGCCACGAAAUUACGAGCAGUCUCCAGGCACCUCCAUCUCGUGAUGCGAGUAUCAGCGGCUCCCCUUUUAUCCGAGCGCCAGAUUCUCAGCCAGGCACUCCACUUGGACGUUCAUUCGAAUCACUGGCCUCAAAAGAUGGAGCAGAGUGGCAAGCAGAGUUGCGCAGCAAUACUCCCCAUCAUUCAUCUUCGAAGCCCUCGGGGCUCCGAACGACUGUCAGCCUAGAGGACACAAGCGUGGAUGACGCCGCGGAAAUAGCGGACCCCGAAGAAGUCCAGACAAAGAUUCCAGUGGGCGCAAUGCGCCUUCACUUGGUUGAGUUGCCAAACUUAAAGAUGAAACCAAUCUAUUGGAGCCCGCUGCACGACGUGUCAGCUGUGGUCAGGGCGACGUGGUUCUACAGAAACACUAUGCUCCCAGUGGAGACACCGGUGGCAAAUCAAUUGGAAGAGGGAUACGUCUACCUGAAGCCAUGGACUGAGACCUGGCAAGACGAGCUAAACAGUUGUGUAGAAAAUGGUGCUGACGCAGAGAUGAAAGUUGCGCAUAAAUUGUGGCCCAAAAACGAGCCAGGCUCUGCUAAUCCACCGGGAACUGCACAAACCGAGCAGGACACUCGUACUUCAUCGGCUGGGGCACAGAAUACUUUAUCAUUCGAUAAAAACAAAGCUUCUGGGGUAACCGCAGCUCACCCCGAGGGCGCUAAGCCAUAUCUCGCCUCCAGCGCUAUUUAUGUUGAUGCAGUGAAUGCCCAGAUCCUCCGACCAAGCUUACUACCAUCUGUAUCCAAGGGCAGAAAACCACUUAGUGCAAUUCGCAAAGGACGCCAAAUUGGGAUACCUGUGGUUCGUGGGUUCAGUCGCAAAUUGUGGGAUCAGUUGCAUCCUUCCAAGGCCAAUCCUGUGGAUGUACGGAAUUAUAUUCGACGAAACCCCUCACAAAACCCAACGCCAGCCCCUGGCGAACAAAUAUGCUACGCUUGUAAGAUGGAAGAGUUGCGUCCAGCUCCCACAGAUUUAAUGUUUGUCAUACAUGGCAUUGGUCAAAAGUUGUCAGAGCGAAUGGAAAGCUUCCAUUUUACACAUGCGAUCAAUGCAUUCCGCCGCGAAGUGAACAUGGAGCUUAAUAACGCACCUGUUUGGCCCCAUGUACGGCAGGAUCACGGGGGAAUCAUGGUUUUGCCCAUAAACUGGCGUACGACAUUAUCUUUGGAAGACCCGUCCCCGGAUGCUGCGGACAUGGAGGAUCCAUUUGCGAACGACUAUUCCCUUGCAGACAUUACCCCUCAGACACUUCCUGCUGUACGGUCACUGAUCAGUGAUGUGAUGCUCGACAUUCCUUACUAUCUGUCACAUCACAAGCCAAGGAUGGUCAAGGCAGUUGUCCGGGAAGCCAAUCGUAUCUACCGUCUUUGGUGCAAGAAUAACCCCGGGUUCCAGGAAAAUGGUCGCGUACAUCUCCUUGCACAUUCUUUGGGAAGUGUCAUGGCCCUCGACAUUUUAAGCCAUCAGCCAACACACGUCCCUCGUUUCAACUUUUUCGAUACCCCCCUGCAUAGCGAUAUCUUUGAGUUUGAUACUGCCAAUCUGUUUCUUUGUGGAAGUCCUGUCGGAUUCUUCUUAUUGCUCAAUAAAGCGAAUCUUCUCCCUCGAAAAGGCAGAGAGAAAGCAGGUAGCCAAGGCGAAGACCGUCUUCGUGGCGUGGCUGGCGAAGCUGGCACAUACGGUUGUCUCGCAGUCGACAACUUGUAUAACAUCCUGCACACGACAGACCCGAUUGCUUACCGUGUCAACGCCGCCGUGGACAAUGACCUCUCCAAUUCUCUCAAAGUAGCCUCAAUACCCAGCUCUACCUCUAGCCUCUGGCAAUCCUUUGGCAGCGUCUUCCGCUGGAGUACCUCAUCAGCAAGCUUCCUUCCUGCGGCGCACCCUGUACGUCCUGCCAUGGUCUCCAAACUGCCCUCAAACGUUGAAAUGGAAACGCACGACUUCACCCGUGAAGAAAUUGCCGAGAAACGUAUGUUGCUUCUCAACGACAAUGGCCAGAUAGACUAUUAUCUAUCCGGUGGAGGUGGUCCACUCAAUAUCCAAUAUUUAAAUAUGUUGAGUGCGCAUAGCAGCUACUGGACAUUGACGGACUUUGUGCGGUUCGUUGUUGUGGAAAUUGCUAGGAAGCAGGGGAGGGAUGGGACAUUGGUUGGUUUGCGGGCGGAGAAGAAGAAGGGGUAUAAGGUCACAAAGGGUUGA